CGCGCUUUGCUGACGCGAUCAUCGUGCGCCACGCGAGACCACGUGGUGUCGGCAAAGUCAAGCGAGAUCACGGACUCGACAGCGAGCUCUCCUCAGACAGAACACGACAUUAAACCGCUAACCCGUGGUGUUUGGGGCGGGUGUGAAGAUGAACAGCGUCGGCGAGGGCUGCACGGAGCUCAAGCGCGAGUACGACCAGUGUUUUAACCGCUGGUUCGCCGAGAAAUUCCUGAAGGGAGACCGGAGCGCGGAUCCGUGCAGCGAGUUAUUCCACAAAUACCACACGUGUGUUCAGGUACCGCACUGCACGGAUCUGCAUACAUGCAUGUGAACGUUUAAACAUGU